AUGCCCAGCCUCAAGACUCUGUUGACUGCCACUUUCCUAGCCACAGGAGGGUUCCUGUUCGGUUAUGACAGUGGUAUCGUCACAUCAACGAUCGGCCAACCUGAAUUUAUCGAAUACUUCUCCAACCCCAGCGAUACCGUGACAGGUGGUGUCGUUUCUGCAUUCCAGGGCGGUGCCAUCUUGGGUACAAUUAUCAAUAUCUUCACGGGCGACCGGCUUGGCCGAAAAUACUCUGUCUUUGCCGGUGCCGCUGUGUCAUGCUUUGGGUGUGCAUUGCAGGCUGGUGCCAUCAACAUGGUCAUGCUCAUCAUCGGACGUUUUAUUGCCGGUGUUGCAGUAGGAAUGUUGACAUCGGUCAUCCCCAUGUAUGCGGGUGAGAUUGCCGAGUCCUCUUCUAGGGGUAUGAUGUCCGGCUUGUUACAAUGGAUGUUGAGUUGGGGAUAUUUCGUUGCUCAGUGGCUCGGGUAUGGGUGCUCCUUCAACAACACUGCCUUCCAAUGGCGAUUCCCUCUCGCCUUCCAAUGCGUUCCAGGUAUAGCACUUAUGAGUGGUAUUCUCUUCCUCAACGAAUCUCCUCGCUGGCUGAUGGAGAAAGAUCGCCAUGAGGAAGCCCUGACUGUGCUUAAAAACCUCCACGGUGAUGGCACACCCGAGAAGGAGCAAUACAUCGAGCUCGAGUUCCAGGAGAUUCGCGAAGCUAUUCAAGCAGAGCGGGCUCAAACGAAGAUCUCCUAUACUUCCAUCCUUCGCAAGCCCUCUUGGCGCCGUCGUCUUCUUCUCGGCUGUGCGGUUCAGGCCUUCGGUCCUCUAUCCGGAAUUAACGUGAUCAACUACUACGGCACUCGCAUUUACGGACAGCUUGGCUUCGAUACCCAGACUACAUUGAUGAUCAUUGGAAUAUCUGGUGCCUUCUCCAUCGUCUGGGCUACACUCGGUCUAUGGGCCCUCGAGCGUGUUGGCCGGGUCAAGCCUCUCAUCAUCUCAGCAGCCGGAAUGGCAGCUGCACUCGUCUGCAACGCUGCGAUGUCCCAACAUUGGGAUCAAGAUAAUAACAACCAGCUCCGGGCUAUGGUGGCCAUGAACUUUGUGUUCAGCUUCUUCUACACUUUUGUCGGAAUCAUCUCCUGGGUGUAUCCCGCUGAGAUCUUCCCGGUUGAUAUCCGGAACCAGGGUAACUCAAUUACCACCUUUACCAACUGGACUUUCAAUCUGGUUUUCGCGCAAUUCUCCCCAAAUGCGCUGUCUUCUAUUGGAUUCCGGUACUUCUAUGUUUUCUUUGCUUUCAAUGUCGUUGCUAUGUUGUGUUACAUUUUCUUCUUCCCUGAAACUCGGGGUAAGACUCUCGAACAGAUGGAUAUUCUGUUUGGAGAUGCGACACCGCUUGCUGUGAAUGAGAAAGAGGCUGAGACAGUCAUGGUUGAGGAUACCACCAAGCAAUGA